GCCGAGGCAGCGGCAGCCGCGCUGGCGCAGGCGCACUCCGCCCGCCCGCCGCCAUUUUGUGUCCGAAGCGACUGUGGAGCGAUUAAACCGCGAGCUGGUGCUGGGCGCUAGCGGCGGCCGCGGCGGGGCGUGCGGGGCGCGGCGGCUCCGCGGGGCCCGUGGGCGGCGUGGGGCGGCGGCGGGGCCCGGCUGGCCGGAGCGAGCUCGGCGGGGUGCUGGGCGCAGGAUGGAAGAAGUUAGUGUUAUCCAGCAUUCCUGCUGAGUAUAUAACUUACUGCCACUUCUGAUCUUUGAAGAGAGAUUUAUCGCUUCCUGUGGCAAUACUGAAUACUCAAAAGUUUCACUAGUACGACUCAUCUGUUCUGUUCCAGAGUGUGUUCUGACAUCAAGAGCUGCAUGAAGAAUAGCCAGCAUGAAGAGAACAAAUCAGUCCAGGCAGAAGUGCAGAAGCGUCAAGAACAUAAAUCAGGAAGGUGAAAUGGAAGGUGAGGCGGUCGAAGCUAUCGUGGAGGAAUCGGAAACUUUUAUUAAAGGGAAAGAGAGAAAAACCUAUCAAAGGCGCCGUGAAGGUGGGCAGGAGGACGAUGCUUGCCAUAUACCACCAAACCAGGCAGACGGAGGUGAAGUAGUGCAGGAUGUCAACAGUGGUGUGCAAAUGGUGAUGAUGGAACAGCUGGAUCCAACUCUUCUUCAAAUGAAGACCGAAGUGAUGGAAGGUGCAGUGCCUCAAGAAGCGGAGGCUACAGUGGACGACACGCAGAUCAUAACGCUUCAGGUUGUUAAUAUGGAAGAGCAGCCUAUAAACCUUGGUGAGCUUCAGCUGGUCCAAGUACCUGUACCAGUGACUGUACCUGUUGCCACCACGUCUGUGGAAGAACUUCAGGGAGCUUAUGAAAAUGAGGUUUCCAAAGGAGGCCUGCAAGAGGGAGAGCCCAUGAUCUGUCACACCCUCCCUUUACCAGAAGGCUUCCAGGUAGUGAAAGUGGGUGCAAAUGGUGAGGUGGAGACACUGGAACAAGGCGAACUUCAGCCGCAGGAAGAUCCCAAUUGGCAAAAAGAUCCAGACUAUCAGCCGCCAGCCAAAAAAACAAAGAAAAACAAAAAGAGUAAGCUUCGCUACACCGAGGAGGGCAAAGAUGUAGAUGUCUCUGUGUAUGACUUUGAAGAGGAGCAGCAGGAGGGUUUGUUGUCUGAGGUCAAUGCAGAAAAGGUGGUGGGCAAUAUGAAGCCACCUAAACCAACAAAAAUUAAAAAGAAAGGUGUAAAGAAGACAUUCCAGUGCGAACUGUGCAGUUACACUUGUCCGCGUCGUUCCAACUUGGACCGCCACAUGAAAAGCCACACUGAUGAAAGACCACAUAAGUGCCAUCUUUGUGGCAGGGCUUUCCGGACAGUCACGUUGCUGAGGAACCACCUCAACACUCACACAGGUACUCGCCCUCACAAGUGCCCAGACUGUGACAUGGCCUUUGUGACCAGUGGAGAGUUGGUUCGGCAUCGCCGCUACAAACAUACCCAUGAGAAACCAUUCAAAUGUUCCAUGUGUGAUUAUGCUAGUGUGGAGGUUAGCAAAUUGAAACGCCACAUUCGUUCUCACACUGGAGAGCGUCCGUUCCAGUGCAGCUUGUGCAGUUAUGCCAGCAGGGAUACCUACAAACUGAAGAGGCACAUGAGGACCCACUCCGGAGAGAAGCCAUACGAAUGUUACAUCUGCCAUGCUCGCUUCACUCAGAGUGGUACCAUGAAGAUGCACAUUUUGCAGAAGCACACGGAGAAUGUGGCCAAAUUUCACUGUCCUCACUGUGAUACUGUUAUAGCGAGAAAGAGUGACUUGGGUGUCCAUUUGCGAAAGCAGCAUUCCUACAUCGAACAGGGCAAGAAGUGUCGCUACUGCGACGCUGUGUUUCAUGAGCGGUAUGCCCUCAUACAGCAUCAAAAGUCUCACAAGAAUGAGAAGCGCUUCAAGUGUGACCAGUGCGAUUAUGCGUGCAGACAGGAGCGGCACAUGGUCAUGCAUAAACGGACCCAUACUGGAGAAAAGCCUUAUGCCUGUAGCCAUUGUGAUAAAAACUUCCGUCAGAAACAGCUCCUCGAUAUGCACUUCAAACGAUACCACGAUCCCAACUUUGUUCCUGCUGCCUUUGUCUGUUCCAAGUGUGGCAAAACAUUCACUCGCAGGAGCACAAUGGCCAGACAUGCUGAUAACUGCUCUGGCCUAGAUGGUGGGGAAGGAGAGAAUGGAGGAGAGACAAAGAAGGGCAAGCGCGGCCGAAAGAGAAAGAUGCGGUCUAAGAAAGAAGAUUCCUCUGAUAGUGAGGAAAAUGCUGAACCAGAUUUGAAUGAUAAUGAAGAUGAGGAGGAGACAGCAGUAGAAAUUGAGGCCGAACCAGAAGUCGAGCAAGAGGCUCCUGCACCACCUCCCAGUAAGAAACGAAGAGGAAGACCACCAGGCAAAGCUGCCACCCAACCAAAACAAUCCCAGCCUGCAGCAAUCAUUCAGGUUGAAGACCAGAACACUGGUGAAAUUGAAAAUAUUAUAGUCGAAGUAAAGAAAGAACCUGAUGCGGAAACAGUAGAGGAAGAGGAGGAAGCUCAGCCUGCUGUAGUGGAAGCUCCCAAUGGAGACCUCACUCCUGAGAUGAUUCUCAGCAUGAUGGACCGGUGAUGGAGGAAGACCACGCUGGCUGACUGAACUGGCCUGGGCUGUGUUUAAGCGGCUCAAAUCUAUUUUUCCUUUUACCUUUUUUUCUUGGCUUUGGGAAAUGCAUCAUUUUAGACCAUUUUACCAAACAUACUGGGAAAUAAAACUUCAAAAUGAUGUUAGAAUGUGAUUUAACUAGAACUUGCUGUUUUAUGUUAGCAUUACAGGAUCAUGGAACAUUAGGAAAUAUUUUGGAGUCCUUGAGGGUUUCCUGUGAGAUGCUUGAUUUAGUUUUGCUCUGAACUGCAUCGUAAAGCUGGUCCGAGGGCCACGUUUACGUGCACCAAGUUUUAAUAUACAAAAAUGGAAGCCUUGACUAGAGUAUGUGGUAAACCACUCCGGACUUGCCCUUCCAGUUCCCAGAGUCCUUGAGCCUCCUUCUCUCAGUAGUGUUUUUAACUGUAAAUGCAGACUUGGGAGGGUUCUAGACUUUUAAAUUUUUUUUUUUGUUGGUUAUUUUUGUUUUGCUUUUCCCCACUGACUAGCUCCGGUUCUCCAAGUCGGCUGCACACGGUAGUUUUGGCAUGCUCCAACUGGUUUCUGUCCUUAAUAUGCUUUGCUUUCUGCAAAGCAUUUCUGUAAUGGUCAAGCUUGUAAAUAACUUUUUUUUACAUUUUAAUCUUUUUCCAUUAAUUAAGAGGUAUGCAAAAAUGCAGUUUAAAUAAACCCCAGUAUUUUAAUUCCUUUCAAACUAAGUGACAAGAGAAUUUGAUAGAGUGUAAAUGUUGGAAAAGCUGUUGAUAACCAAUCACGUAGAGAAGAGACGUACCCAGAGUAUUGCUUGCAGAACAAGAGAAAACCCACACGUGAAAUCUGGUUUUGAAGCACACAAAACCGGCAUUUGAAACCUGUAUAAUUAACCUUCUUUUUGAGUUAUAAUUUCACGACUACAUUUUCUUUGCUCUAUCUUGUAGUUGUAUUUUUGUGUUUAUGAAUCCUAUGUUAAGGCAGAAGUGGUGAUUUAUAAGUGGGUCACUGCAGCCCUCAAAACCUGGGCCAGGAAAUUUUAAUAGGUCAGUAAUUAUACAAUUUUGGAUCUCUGAUAAAGACAAAAAAAGAAUAAUGUGAAAUACAAAUGAUGCCUGUAUAUGAACUGUCACAUGUUAAAAUAUGUAAGCUUUUUAUAGAGCCUCAGUCUUGCUGAUUUCAAACAAAUUUUUCUUCUAUGUAUCGCUUUUAAGAGAGCUAUCAGUUUAGCUAUCAGACUCUAGGUUGAUGCAUUUUUGUACUUAGCUGUACUGUGUGAUAUUUUUCAUUAUUUUAGGAAGCCAACAUGGGAAAAAAAAAUACUGUUAUAAAAUAUGUAAUGGGGUUUGAAAGCUGGGAAGGAGAAUAUACUGCUGUACAGCUAAUAAAUAAUAAUGGAUUAACA